AUGUCGAUAAUCGACACCACCAAAGAUCUGUCGGCGCUGUUCUCGCGACAAGCAAUUGCCACCCCCGAUGCCGUCGCUCUAGAAGACAAUUCCACAGUCUACACAUAUGCCGAGCUAGAUCGCGAGGUCGAGGCUUUGGCUCGUCGCCUGCGGGCUUACGGAGUUGGUAGAGACCGGUUGGUGGGCGUGCUGUUGCCGCGAACUGCUCACUACGUGAUUGCGUGCUUGGCCGCUCUCCGUGCCGGUGGGGCAUUCCUCGUGCUCGAGCUGGCUUAUCCCCCAGAUCUUCUUACUGAGGUCAUUGCCGAUGGCAACCCCUCCGUCGUGAUCACCUACCGUGCGGAGGUCGGCAAGAUCCAAAGCAACGCUCCGCUGAUCGUGCUGGACGAACCGCCGACCGAUAGCAAUGGACACACCCAAGAAGCGCCUCCCCUACCGGCCGACGAUGAUUUGGACCGACUGGCUUUCGUCUCCUACUCGUCUGGAACUACCGGCAAACCCAAAGGCAUCGCCAACCCCCACAAGGCCGCCGUGCUUUCAUAUAACCUGAGAUUCGGAGUACAAGAUCUUCAACCGGGCGAUCGGGUCGCCUGUAAUGUCUUCUUCAUCUGGGAGAUCCUGCGCCCGCUCUUGCGGGGUGCGACCGUCGUGGCCGUGCCGGACGAAGCCAGCUACGAUCCGGCCGCGCUCGUCGAUCUGCUGGCUUCGAAAAAGAUCACGGAAACCCUCAUGACCCCUACCCUAUUGGCGACCGUUCUGUCCCGUCAUCCGCACAUCCGAGAGCGCCUGCCUGACCUACGCACGUUGUGGUUCAAUGGCGAGGUGGUCACAACAGAUCUAGCCCGUCGCGCCAUCCAAUCGCUGCCCAACACGCGACUGCUCAAUUGCUACAGUGCCUGCGAGACACAUGAGAUUGCCUGCGGAGACAUUCGGGAAAUGUUCGACGAGGAAUCCCUGUACUGCCCCGUGGGCCCGCCGCUCGACCGCAAAAACACCCAUAUUCUCGACGAGAGCGGACAAAAAGUGGACGUUGGUGUGAGCGGCGAGCUCUUUGUGGCCGGUCCCCUGCUGGCUCGGGGAUAUUUGAACCUCCCGGAGACGACGGCUAAGGCCUUCACUCCCAAUCCCUUUGAUUCCCUAUCAGACUCACGGCUCUACAAGACCGGCGACCUGGCCCGCAUGCUCCCCUCGGGAUACCUCGAGAUCACCGGUCGCGUCGGUGCCAUGAUCAAAUUGCGCGGAUACUCGGUUGUGCCGGCCAAGGUGGAAAGCGAAAUCGUCAAGAACCUCGCGGUUCGCCAUUGUGCCGUGAUUGCCCACGGGGAGGGACUGGAGCGACAGUUGGUGGCGUACAUCGUGCCCGACACGGAGGAUCCUGCCGGUCGGCCCGCGGUGGAGAUCAACGAGUCUGGCCACAGUCCCGCGGCGCGCCGCACUCUGGCCCCGUUCCUGGCGCACUACAUGAUCCCAGCGUUGUGGGUUCAGCUGAAGGAUCUGCCGACCCACGACGUCACUGGCAAGGUUGAUCUCUCGCGUCUUCCCUCUCCACGCAGCGACCAUGUCAACGGCAAUGGUCACAAAGACAAGGACCCGGUCAACAUUGACCAAGUCGCCGCGAUCUGGGCGGCCGCCUUGAAAACUUCCAAGAACCUGCUGAAGGCCGAAGAUAACUUCUUUGAUCUGGGUGGGCAUUCUCUGUCGCUGGCGGAUUUGUCGUCCCGACUAUCUCGUCAUUUCGGUUUCCGCGUGCCCAUCGCUCGUCUUGCGGAGAACUCCACGCUGAAGGGCCAUUUGGAGACCGUGCGUGCCAUCCGCGACGGACAUACCGAAGCAGUCCAGGCAGACCUGCCGGCUGUCCUGCGCGCAGAUGCUACUCUCGACGAGGAUAUCCGCCCGUUGAACGCCACUAUUUGCUCCGUGGACAAGGCCGAAACCGUUCUUCUUACGGGUGUCACCGGUUUCCUGGGUGCCUUCCUUCUCAAUGACCUGAUUGAAAACACCUCCGCUCACAUCAUCUGUAUGGUGCGAUUUAACGAACCCGCUGACGACGAUCAGCCCGGCGGUGUUGCUCGGGUUCGAAGAAACCUGCUGGACCUGGGACUCUGGAACGACGCGAUGAUGGAGCGAGUGGAGAUCAUGCCCGGGAAUCUUUCUCGAACGCGCUUUGGACUGUCGCAGGAGGCGUUCGAUGAACUGGCUGGCCGUGUCCAGGUUAUCGUGCACGCUGCCGCCACCGUCAACCUGGUUUAUCCCUAUGCUGCGCUGCGUGGCCCCAACGUUGGAGGAACCCGAGAGAUCCUACGUCUAGCUUCCAAGGGCGGCGCCACGGUGCAGUAUGUCUCGACGAACGGAGUGCUGCCUCCGUCCAAUGCAAAGGGAUGGCCCGAGGACGCGACGCUGGAUGUGAAGGACGUGCCCGACAAGCUGUUGGAUGGCUACGGACAAACUAAGUGGGUGGCCGAGCAGCUGGUUCUCGAGGCCGGUCGUCGCGGGCUUCCGGUCAAGAUCCAUCGUGCGGGUACCAUCAGCGGCCACAGUCGAACGGGUGCCGCCAACGCCUGGGAUCUGUUGUCUGCGCUGAUUGUCGAGUCCAUCAAACUUGGCUAUGCUCCCGACGUGGAUGGCUGGCGCGCCGAGAUGACGCCGGUCGAUUUCGUCAGCAAGGCCAUCAUCCACUUAUCCACGCAAACUCACGCAGAGCAAACAAUUUUCCACCUUGGCGAUCCUGAUCCGGUCGAUACGCGAUCGGUAUUUGACGCGCUCAACGAACUCGGUUACCCGACUGAGCGCCUCGGGUGGGACGAUUGGGUGGCCAUGUGGACGAAGAACCGCUCCAGCGUGAAGGGUGGCGACGGUGGCUUUACGGUCGAUAUUCUUCGCAGUGGUAUGCCGACCGUUGAUUUCCUCCAGGGCAUUGUCGUGCUUGACAACUCCGCGACCCGACCCUUCCGCGCGGUGGUGGAACGUCCCAAGGUGGACCGCGCGUUGCUAGAGACCUACACUCGUCACUGGUUCGCUAGAGGAUGGUUGCCUCACGCGCCGAUCCGCCAUGGUAGCCUUGCUAAAUCCCCCGGAGCUAUUAAGGGACCCCUCAGCGGUCGUGUGGCCGUUGUCACCGGCGCUUCGUCCGGAAUCGGCGCCGCGGUUGCCACCGCCCUCGUUAAAGAAGGCUGCCAUGUCGCGUUGGCCGCCCGUCGCCUCGACGCGCUGGAGGCUGUCCGUGCCAAAUUUGUUUCUGGCGGCGGCAAGGUCAUCAUCCGCAAGACGGACGUCACGAAGCGAACCGACGUCGAGUCCCUGCUCAAGGACGCCGCCGAGGAGCUUGGCCCCGUCGACAUCCUAGUCUCCUGUGCUGGCGUCAUGUACUUCACCAUGAUGGCCAACUCCCAGACCGAUGAAUGGGAGCGCACCGUCGAUGUCAACUGCAAAGGUCUUUUGCACUGCUUGUCUUCUACCAUUCCCGGCAUGCUUUCUCGCGGCGCCGGUCACAUCGUCGCUAUCUCUUCCGACGCCGGCCGCAAGGUCUUCCCCGGCUUGGGUGUCUACUCGGCUAGUAAAUUCUUCGUCGAAGCUACACUGCAGUCCCUGCGUCUUGAGACGGCAGGCACCGGUCUCCGUGUGACGAGCAUCCAGCCGGGUAACACCGCCACAGACCUUCUGGGCAUGUCGACGGAUGAAGAGGCGGUUAAGAAGUUCGGGGAGCCCUCGGGUGCGAAGAUCCUGGAUCCGGAGGAUGUUGCGCGCUCGAUUGUUUAUGCUUUGCGCCAGCCUGAACAUGUAUCUGUUAACGAGGUUCUUAUUGAGCCGAGAGAUGAGCCUAUCUAA